UGGGAGCUCGGAGGACGGCGGUAGGUUUGUAAAAGGUCUGGCGGCUGUCGCCCUACAGAGAUGGGGCCGAUAAGUAGGUUCUAAAAGCCAGAUACCAAAUUGUUGGGAUUUGUCAGAAGUUACAAUUUGGAUUGUAAUCAGAUUUUCCAGAUGGUCACCUCUGCAGAUCUCAGUUGGGAAGAAAAUUUAGCAGCUCAUUGGAUGUCCAGUGCUUCUCGGGCUGGAGUCAUAUUAAAUCCUCCUUUCCUUAGUUUGAAAACCACUCGUGCAAUCAAUGUUGAAAACGACUCGAGUUUUGCAGUUAACUCACUACAUAGUUCAAGCAGUGCUUCUCUUACUACAGACUCUCUCCAUGGGGAAGAAGUCUUGGAGUCUUGUGAAGAAAAGUUGGAUGGGGCUAAAAUGCUUUUCCCGCUUUCAUUGACUAAGAAGGAAUCAAUGCUUAUGGUUAAAGAAGGUUCAGCCCAGCGUGAAGCCCUGCAACAUAAUUUUGAAUAUAGUCGAUUGGAUGAUAUGCAGGAUGGAUGUUGCAAUGAGCCACUAACGCAGAAGCUUGAGCAGCUGAAAGGCUUUCAGCAGCUCAAGCAAGAAGAGCUGAAAAGGCAACAAAUGGAGCAAAUCCAAAGGCUAAUGGAAGAGCAACAGAAACUACUUUCUAUGGUUUCUGAGCAGCAAGCACACACUGGUGUUGCCGUUACAGAAAAUGACAUGAGUCAACAGUAUAGUCAAUCAGCUCGCUUGUCUCCUACGCCUUAUUUCCCACCUUGUCGCGUUGGAAAUGGUGUUCCCCGGGACCUUGGGUCUUGUGUUUCUCCUGCUGGACAAACGGAUUCUCUGCAAAUGUUAAACGACCAAAUACCAAAAGGAAUAUCCUCUGCAGAUCCUUCCUAUGAGAACUGGCCAUUAGAAACGCAGAACAAAUUGGAAGUUUUAGACCACACUUCCAUUUCAGGAGGAAGCAGUAGGUCUCCAGAACCAAAUCUGGCAGGAAGUACAGAUGGAAGCAAUAACAGCAAAAGCCCAGGGAACAGAGAGACAUCUAGAAAUCUGACCGGACGGAAGUGCUUGGAAACUCUUAAUGCAGAGGAAAGGCCUAUUCCUACUAGUAUUCAAGAGAGAAAACUGACAUUUGAAGAAUUGCUAGAAGAGCAGAUACGAUUGGAAGAACAGCGGUUGAGCCAAAAAGGAAAUAGAAAGGAUGUUGGAAGAUCAGCUUGUCAGCAAGCAGUUCCUAAACAGCCCUUUCUAAAACGGGGUGAAGGCUUAACUAGGUUUACUGGCACUAAGUCUAAAGUAGCUAAGCAAAAAGAAAACAAAACAGCUCUUCAUCCCAAAACUUCAGAAGUGAGCAACAUGGUUAAAGCUGACAAGCCACAGCUUCACCGGAAAAUUGCUCCUUUAAAUAAAGAAACUGUUUCUGAUAACUCAGUGCUUAAAAAGGGUAACCAGCGUGUUAAAUCAAAGAAGGCUUCUGCAAUUCUUGCUCAGAAAACAACAAUAAACAGGAAUUGCGUUGGGAAAGCUAUCCCUCUGUCAACAAGACAAAACCCCACUGAAAAGAAACUCGGACCACUGAAGGACUCUCUCGGGACAGAGAAAAAUAAAGAAGAUAUAAUGGAACUUGUGAAGCUGAACGAAGCAGGCAGCAAGUUAUCUGGGGAAACUCCUAAGUCACCCACCAAGUCGAGCCGGUCGUUCUCUCAUCCCAAACAUCAUACGGAUUGCUCUGAAAAGGACUCAGAGCUGUCAUUUGAACUGUCUUUCCAGAAGAAAUUAGAAAACUGGGAUACAGAAAACGAAAAAGAAAAAAUUGAACUAGAUGAAUUUUUGUUUCUAGAGCAAGCAGCUGAUGAAAUAUCUUUCACUAGCAAUUCCUCACUUAUCCUAAAGAUCUUGGAUCAAGGUCAGCAGAUUUCCACAGGCCACAGAAUGUCUUCUACUCCUAUCAAAUCAGGGCCGCCACAGCAAAGGCCUGAUGUGCUGGGUGUGGCAGAAGUGAAUAAGAGAGAAGAGCUUGCUUCCCAACAAGGGAGCAAGGAGAGGGAUAGAGGCCCAGCUGCUGAAGCGCAGGCAACAGUCACAUUAAAGGAUCAUCUAAAUAAAAUUGAUACGAAAAUACUUUGGGCUUUCCCCAGCACUCAGUUUCAAGAAGAUGACUCUGAUGGAAGCAGCGAGGCAACUUCUGACUCAGAGGAAGAAUUUGAAACUACCAUAAAACCUGCAAGAGAGGAAGCCAAAGCACUUGCUUUGAAUAGUAGAGGUGAUAGUCCAGAAUUCUCUGAGUGCAAAGGACAAGAUAAAGGCACAAGCAGGGGUGCCAAUCUUGAUUUGCGGGAAAAAGAUCUUACCAACAACCUAUCUAGUGAAAUAAUUGCUGAUGAAGCCCUUGAAUCUCAAAGCGUAUGCAGUGCAAAUAGGAAUAAGAUUGAGUUUGAUGACGAGAGAUCGUGGUCUGACUUUGAAGAGCAUGGGAGACUGUGUGCUCAAACGCCAAGCAGCGAAGUGGCUAUCGAAGCUUCUCCAUCCACUGAUCAUUCUGCUUGGAGUGAGGCGUUCUUCCUGGAUAAGGCGAUAAAGAGGAAGAUUGCUACAGUGAAGAAGGGGGAAGUUUUGGCUAAGCAGAGUAUCACAAAUAGCGAGGUAACGGCACCUCCUACAACAGAUCUGAUGCUGAAGCUCUUCCCUUCCCUGAGGCUCAAGCAGAAGGGCGAUGCAUAUGAAAAGCCUGAUAGUAAACCCAACAUGGGCCAGGGAGAACCCACAGACACUGCUCGAUCCCAGCUUUUGAGAGAGAAGCUUGUUGAAUUGGAAACAGAAAUUGAAAGGUUCAGGAUGGAAAAUGCAUCCCUAGCAAAACUUCGAGAAGAACAAGAGAAUUCUUUGAAAAACCUCAGGAAAGAAGUUGCCAAUUUUGAACAACAGAAAGCAAAGGAACUGACUGAAAUAGAAGAAAUGAAAAAAGAGGAAACAAGAAAACUGCAAAAAGAACGUAAAGUUUUUGAGAAGUAUGCACUGGCAGCCAGAGCCAUUCCAGAUAAAAAAGAGCGUGAAGAAAUUCAGGCUCUGAAACAGCAGGUUGCAACCUUGCAGGAAGAUUUAAAACGGAGAGAAACAAAAUGGUCAACCACCCACAUGCGUCUUAGAGACCAGAUAGAAGCAUUAACCGGAGAGAAUAGGCAGCUACGAGAAGAGAUCAAAAUUAUGGAAAGAUUUCGUUUAGAAGCCUGGAAGAGGGAAUCUGCAAACAAUAGGAAAGUUGACAGCUGUGGGGUCUAUUCAAAAACAACAGAGACUGCACAUAUACCAACCGUAUUGCAAAAAACUCAGACUACAUCUUCAGUUCCUCAAGUGGAGAAGAGCAGCAAAACAAAUGGGAAAAAUGAUUUGCCUCCGGAAGGCAGGCACUCUGCAAGAUCUAGAUUAGCAGCUGUACCUAAUGAGAGUUGCUUGGACAACCCAACAUUUACCCAUGAAGACUCUUCUAAGACCUUUAUGGUAACAAGUAAAAAUUUUCCUGGCAAUACAGCUGUUGAACCCUCAACAACAGCAACUCCCGUCUACGUAGAUUCUGAAGAAGAAAUAGAAAGAGAAGCCGGUCAUCCUGAUGGAAAGGUUGAAAAGAUUUUGAAGGAUGGUAGCCACCUUAUUUUCUUCCCUAAUGGUACACGGAAAGAAGUGAGCUGUGAUGGCAAGACCACCACUGUAACCUUCUUCAAUGGGGAUAUAAAACAAGUUCUAGAAGACCAAAGAGUGAUAUACUAUUAUGCUGAGGCGAAAACUACCCACACCACCUACCCCACUGGUUUAGAGGUCCUACACUUCUCAAAUGGCCAAAUAGAAAAGUACUUUCCAGAUGGAAGGAAGGAGAUUGUGUUCCCUGACCAAACUAUAAAAAACAUAUUCCCAGACGGUCAAGAAGAAAACAUUUUUCCUGAUGGCACCAUUAUCCGUUUUCAGCAGGAUGGAAGCAAGACUAUAGAAUUCAACAAUGGUCAAGAAGAAUUGCAUACAGCACACUUCAAGAGGCGCAAGUAUCCUGAUGGCACCACCAAGACUGUAUAUGCUAAUGGAUGCCAAGAAACAAAAUAUGCCUCUGGUCGAGUAAGAGUUAAGGACAAGGAUGGCAAAGUUAUAAUGGACACCCUCCCACAAAUGACACUUGCAUGUUGAUUAUGUUCUAUCUUUUCUUGCUAGCAAUCCCAAACCUAUUUGCUGAAAAAAAUUGUAAAAAUUCUGCAUUUGUACAUAAGCAUUA